CUCUGCAGGAGGUUGCUGCGAUUCCUGGUGCUGGCGCUGGGGAAACAUGACCUUCAGCCAUUCGUCUCCUAAAGGCCUCAGAACUGAGCUGAGCUAGGGCUUUUCCUCCAGACCCUCCAGGGUGGCUGGCUGGCCUUAUUUCAUGUUUGACGCUAGAUGUCACCUGCAGAAGAAGAGAAGAGCUUACCUCUUCCAGAGAGAUGGCCUCGAGCCAGCAAAUUCGCUCUGUCAGCCUGUGCAGCCGCAGUGGCAGAACUAGUGACGUUUCCCCUGGACCUCACGAAAACUCGCCUGCAAGUCCAAGGUGAAGCUGCGGUUCGUCGGCACGGAGCUGCUGCUGGCAGGACAGCUGCUCCCCGCGGGAUGCUGCGCACCGCGGCUGGAAUCCUGCGGGAAGAGGGCUUCCCAAAGCUCUGGCAAGGAGCCACCCCGGCCAUCUACCGCCACAUAGUGUACUCUGGCGUUCGGAUGGUCGCUUACGAACAUCUCCGUGACUCUGUGCUUGGCAGGUCUGAGGACCAAAGCUUUCCUUUCUGGAAAGCUGUAGUUGGAGGCAUGUCUGCGGGUGCCAUCGGACAGUUUUUUGCCAGCCCGACUGAUCUAGUGAAGGUGCAGAUGCAGAUGGAAGGAAAAAGGAAGCUAGAAGGAAAGCCAUUACGGUUUCGAGGAGUGCACCAUGCGUUUAUGAAGAUCCUAUCUGAAGGAGGAAUACGGGGGCUUUGGGCUGGAUGGGUGCCCAAUGUCCAGAGAGCUGCUCUGGUGAACAUGGGAGAUCUGACCACUUAUGACUCAGUGAAACACUUUUUGCUUCUGAACACACCGCUUGUGGACAACAGUGUGACUCACAGUGUUGCCAGUUGCUGUUCUGGCCUGGUAGCUGCUGUUCUGGGAACUCCUGCAGAUGUGGUCAAAACCCGGAUAAUGAACCAGCCCAGAGAUAAGCAGGGAAGAGGUCUGCUGUAUAAGUCUUCCAUGGACUGCUUGAUUCAAACUGUCCAGGGUGAAGGGUUUAUGUCUCUAUACAAAGGCUUUAUACCAACCUGGAUGCGAAUGGCUCCUUGGUCACUGGUGUUCUGGCUUACGUACGAACAGAUCAGGAGGAUCUGUGGAGUUAGUUCAUUUUAAAAUCGUGAAACCACUUCAAUAUUCACAAAGCAAAGAAGAACCAGAAAGCUGAAUUCUCAUUCCACAGGACAUCCUAAACUAAUUCAUGUAGGAGGCUGGCAGUAGGAUCCCAUGUACAGGUUGCUGUCCCAAAUCUAGCCUUUACUCGUUAGGGGUAGCCACGGCUUAAGGAUGCUGUUUGCUUCUCAGGCUGCUGUAUGACAUUUAAGUUAUCCACAGGAUAAAAUUGCCACAAUAAUACUUCAGCUGGCUGCCAGCAUCAGCUUUCUGAAACAGUAAAGAGAUGUAAAAAAAUAUCUACCAAGCAAGUGAAUGUAAUAGUUUGCUUGUUUGAUAAUAGAGGACAGUGGUUAAGAAGAAGAGCAAACUGAGCAAAGCAUCACUGAGUAUCUUCUGUGGCUAAGCAGUCUAUAAAAUUAUUUGGGAGUUUUUCUUAUUAUUACAUUUGCACACACAUAAAGAACUACCUCUUGCUAGUUUGUUGCCUCAGCAAACCAAGCCUGUAGUGCUAGGAACUUAAAUAAAAAGACUAGAGCAGUUUACCUGAUUUCAAAUUUGCUUUGCACAAAAGGUGGGAGGCAUUGUGUUCCUCCUGCUUCCCAGAGAUCACUUGACCUCUUCACCCAACCAGGCAAUAUCCGUGAGUGAAAUGCAGUCCUGUACCCAGGAAAUCAAAGGCCUGGUUUGCUCUGCCCCUCUGCAGGGACUCAUAACACACGUGCUGUCCAAAGGACUGUGCUGAACUUCUUGUCCUGCAGGAGUCCCAGUGCUGACAUGGCAGACUGGGUCAUUAAGGUACCACUUUUCCAUGGAAAUACACAUUCUGCCCAUUUUUAAUCUAGGUGAAAAUAGGUUCUCUUCAAACACACAAAAUGCUUGAAUAUGAGUGAUAGGAGUGAUUAUUUUCUUUUUUUUUUUAAACCUAAAGCUGUCCAGAUUUCAUAGGAAAAGGGACUGCUGCUGUUUGUCACUAGGCUUAUCUUUGGCAAUCAAGAGGCAGUAUAAAAGCAAUCCUACUGCAGACAGAACAAAGCAGGCUUUCAUUUAGCAAUAUCUAGUAAUGAAAUGACCGUACAAGACCCAAGUUCUCUGAGUAGUAACUACUCAGGACCUCUUCUAGACUAGUCUUUCCAACCAGUAUCUUCAAUGUCCCAGUUUCUGAUUAGAUACAGUUUGGGCAUCUUCUUGGCUUGCACUUGUGAUUUUUGAUUGUACUAUAGUUCUGUUGUGGCUGUGUGAUUUGGGUGUGUGAUUCUAGCCUGGAAAAAAAUUUGUCUCAGCAUUAUUAGAAGGUCAGAAGGUUUUGUUCAGAAAUACUGUUUUUUUUCUAGAUGUCAGCCUGAUAAAAUAAUCUGAGUUCCUGUCUUCUUGCACGUCAUCACCAGCAAUUAUAAACCAGCAGUCAAAGCUGCUGCUUCUGUUACAUCCUGAGUGGUCCUGCCUGCACCCCUGUUCUUCAAGAGAACCCUGAUGAUGGAUAUGUAGCAGUGUGUGAUCUCUGAGUUAAAGUAAUGUUAAAAUUCUGGAAGUGAGAAUUCUUUUAACUCUUAGUAAAGCCAGAAACACUACAGAGAUUUGUAACAGGGCUGAUUCCUUGUAUUUUGUAUUAUAAAA